GAAAAGAAACCUUUGCAAAGAACGAAUUAAGACAACAAAGUGCUCUUAGCAAAAUAGGUUUUGAAUCUUUUUUCUAAAUAGUUGAAACAAAUGUCUCACAUUCAGUAUAUGGAUGAACUGGUUAAGGAGUAUUUGCUUUUUAGAGGUUUCAGUCAAGCACUUAAAGCUUUCGAGAACGACCUGAAAGCAGAAAAAGAGAAAGGUUUUAGGGUUGACAAAAUUGUUGAUCAAUUAAUGCAAUAUGUAUACAGUUAUGACCUUGGUUCAUUGCGCGAGCUAUGGAGUCAUUUAGACACAAGGAUGUUCUCACGCCUAGAUAUUCAUUUUGUGCCUGGCAUUAAGAAGUUAGAAAAUGCGUUGCUGAAGAUGUAUCUUGUAAAUGCUAUAGUAAACAACAGGCAUGAUCGUAUUCAAGACUUUUUCAUUAAAAUGGCUCCGGUACUACAAGGACAUGCUGAAUGGAAAGAAUGGUUUGCAUUACCGUUUGUAAAAAACCCUGAAGAUAAUCCUGCGUACUCCAUACACUUUAGUCGUCAUUGGCAAGAUACUAUGCUAAUCUCAUUACACAAUUGCAUUGCUACAAUCUUCCAAUGUAUGCCACUACCAACUUUACUUGCCAUUGAUGAAGAUGCAAAUAGACUGAAAAGAAUCCAAGAACAAAACGACCUUCUAAGGCAGAGGUUAAGCGAGUCUACACGAGUUGAAUCUUUAGCAGACAUCAAUUCAGGAUAUACACCUCAACAGCUACCCAUUAUGGAUGACUUUUAUAUAAUUGCUCAAGAAUGUCAUUUAUUAGAAAGUCCUAAAACCUUGAGGAAUUUAAUCAAAAAUAUAGGUGGAGGAUCUAGUCCAAUUUUAAGCAAAAAAUUACAAACUGGCGUAAAAGUGCAAUUAGACCCUGAAGUGUCAGUCGCCAAAGGAACAAAUUCAAAAGGAAGAUUAAACUCAUUAAGCAAGUCUGAAGUGGUUAGUAAAAGAAGCAUUAGCUGUGACUCAAGGCUCACUAGAAAGAGAGACUCGUCUGUGGACACCGAAAGGAAAAGCAAAGACAAAAUCGAAACUAAUUACGUUGUCUUAAACCAAGAAGAGUAUGUUGAGCAUAAAACAUCCAUUAUUCAAUGUAAAAGUAAUACAAGUGGGUCUUGUGUAGCCACAGGAGAUGCAGACGGAAUUAUCAAAGUAUGGAUUCCGACGCCAUCGCCAAAGACGCUAGCUACAUUUGCUACCACAGUGGUGAAUUCUAAUAAAGCAGUUACAUCUUUGGAUUGGAUAUCAAAGAACGAACGAUAUUUUAUACAUGGAGACAAUCACGGUUCAAUUGAGUUAAAUGAUACUCGGGACUGUAAAACUAUCUGGAAAAUUAAACACGAAGGAUCGCGAAUUCUCAAGUUACUAUGCAAUCCUGUGGAAUCAAAUUUUAUUGUUUCUUUAUCAGACGCGAACGAAGGAAAAAUACUUCUAUAUGAUGUAAAAACCACAAAGAUUGAAAGAAAUUUACCAAUGGAACAGAAUUUAACAGCACUAUGCUCAACUUUUAAUCAUAAUGGACAACUGCUUAUAACAGGCCUGUCAAAUGGCAACAUAUUAAUUCACGAUUUAAGAAGGAACGAAAUUAUUGAUAAUUUUAAUUGUUAUUCCAAUCCAGUGAUAGAUGUGGAAUUAGUCAAUGAUUUUACAAAAAUUUGUGCAUUGAGUGAAGGUGGAAAACUGUCCCAAAGAAGUUUAAAUCAUACAAGUGAAGUGCUUUGGGAAUCUGAGGUUAAGAUAGAGAAAAAUUCUGUACGUGGAAAACUAUUUACUUUUAAUCAAAGCGGUAGCAGCAUGCUACUCUGUACAUACCGCGGUGGAAACAUUUAUGAGAUACCACCAAGGACCCCAGGAAAGGUUUUGGAAUUAGGAGGUCACAAGGGUACACUAUGUUGUGAUUGGUCUAAUACCAGUGCAUCAGGAAUUUGCAUCACUGGAGGUGCAGAAGGCAAAGCACGUGUAUCUACUUUACUCGCACCUUGAUACAAAAGUAAAGUCAACCAUUGUGUGAAUUCAUAAGCAUUAGUUGCCAUACUUCUAAAAUCUGCUUUGAAUACUAACGUGAUUCAAUAUUAAUAUAUCGUAAUAUGCAGAUCAAGAUCUAGGCAAGUCAAGGCCCAGGUAAUACCUUAAGCACAGGGGAUUCUGUAAUUCUAUUCAGAUUUGCUAAAGCGUUAGCUUAGUUUCGUCUACACUCGAAUACUUUAACUCACAAAAAAUAAUCAAAGAGAAAACAAAUAAAGUCAUGUACGUUUCCACCAGAUCAAACCAAUGAUCGUAUCUAAAAGUGUAGCUUAGUAAAUUAAAAUGCAGUCGUUCCAAAAACAUAGACUAAGGAGGUAUCAGACUUUAAGAAAAAUAAUUUAAGUAAAGAAAAUAUGUAUUGUUCUACGAUAUUAACGAAAUAUACUGUCAAUAAAACUAUUGAAGAAUAGCAUAAAUACCUGACAUAAUCAGUGGAUUGGAAAUCCAUGACCCUCUUCCGCAAUGAAGAGAUUAUAAAUAAACACUCUAUAGUGUGCUACUUUGUAACAUUUUAAUUAUAUUAACUAGUUGAGUAUUGAGUAAAAUUUAGUUUCACGUUAAACAGUGCAAGAGGAGGAUAUUCUUUAUUUAUUUAAGUAAUUAACUAGAAGGUAACUAGUAUAUAAUCUCUGAUGUUGUCCCGCUUCACCCUACAAAGUUGACACAAAAAAAACAUUCGACAAGUUUCAGAUUUAUUUGAAAGAAAACAAUAAAAAAUCUUUCGGAUUUUAGACAGC